UGUCUCUCUGCGCAUCCUGCGAGAACUCUCGUCUCCGUCUUUCAGAACUGAAAUUUUUACUCAGAUGGAUGAAAAAAAGGAAAUUGAAACAAAAAUAUGUAUCAAUUAAUCUGCAAUUUCAUGUUUGUUUCUUCUUCCCAGAUGGGGCAUCCUGCAGACAGUAUCUCAGCUAAAGCAGAAACAGAAAAAGUCAAAUCAAAGUUUAUUUCGUUUACUGAGUCAAGCUUGUGUUUGAAGCCGAAUUCAGAUGUCUCAGCAGCAGAGAACAUUCAGAUUUUUGGUGACGCGGUUACUUCUGGCACUACUAGUAUAAUUUCAUCCCUGACAGUUCCGAGUAUAUGGUUCAUGGCCAAGAACCCGUGAUUUCUGUUACUGAAAAUGCUCUCUGUUUAGUACCUUCUUUGGAGUUACAACAGCGACCGGACAAGAAUAAGGCCAAGUCAGAACCCAGUGCUAUUUUCAGUAAAUCGGUUCUUGUUCCCUCAAAUUCAUCUGUAAAUUCAAAAGGGGAGGUGGCACAGAAACCAGAGACCCAUGUUGUCCAAGAGCCUAAAAGUACUAUUGGUGUUUCAGUUCAUCGGGAUUCAUCCUUGAACUCUCAAAGGAAGAUAAGUCAGAGUGUGAAUGGUAAAGCUCAAUUGUUUCCGUUGGGUACUGAAACUUCUGGUGCGUCUCUUACUGGAAGCAUGAUCGGUUCUGCUUCUUUAUCUGAAUCAAGAGAAAUACAGAAACAAAAGCAGGAUCAAGUGGGGAAGAGAGUAAAAAUGUCUUCUAAUGAAUUACUGAAUUUACAAGUGCCUCUAACUUACGAUGGUUUGAAUAGGCUCUCAGCGACACAGUUGUACAAAAUUAGGUUGUCACUACGUUUGAGAGGUUGUACUGGGAAGGGUAAAAAAAAGCUCUCAUUCAUAAAAUACUGGAGGCUAAGGGAGUGAAACUUACAGAGCCAACCAAGGCAGGUCUGAAAAGUGUGGAGGAGGAGAAGGAUGAGGGGAAGGAUCAUAAAAGAGUGACACUUGCAGGGCCAGCAAAGGAAGGUCUGAAAAGCCUUGAGGAUGAGAAGGAGGAGGGAUCAUAAAAGAGUGAAACUUGCAGAGCCAGCGAAGGAAGGUCUGAAAAGCGUGGAAGAGAAGGAGGAGGGGAGGGAUCAUAAAAGAGUGAAACUUGCAGGUCCUGCGAAAGAAGGUCUGAAAAUCGUGGAAGAGGAGGGGAGGGAUCAUAAAAGAGUGAAACUUGCAGGGUCAGCAAAGGAAGGUUGGAAGAUCGUGGAGGAUGAUGAUGAGGGUAGGCCAGUGACGAAGGAGAAGUUCCAGCUUUUGUGCAAGGUGAUGAAGGAAGUGCUAGGUGUAGGAGUUAAAUAUCGCACACGUUAAUAAUUACGCGAAGUAAAGAGUACAACCUAAGCGAAGAGCAUCGUACACAACAAAGUUGAGAUGACACACCAGAUGAUGUCAGCAAAGUCACGAGUAAAGUAUGAAGAAUCGUGCGAAGAAGGAUGCUAUACGAAGAUAAGAGAUUGUAUAUGAGCGAAUAUAUCCCAUAAUGAUCCCGAAAAUAAUGGGAUUCUUAGCUGUCACCCACUAUGUAAAAAUCCUAUAUAAAGGAGAGAUAUCAUUUUCUGUAGGGGA